AAUCUGGCUCCAGCCCAGGGCCCCAGAUCCUUGCUAGUUUGGCCCUGGUAUCACUGAUAACGUCGUCCGACUCCUGGCAUACAUAAAUCUAUCACUCCGACUUAAAUUUACUACGAAAGCUUUAACUGGCCUCUGAGAAAUGAACAGGUGUUCUGCAGAGAUGAAGUCAUGAAUACGAACAUCAUUGAAUACUUUAGGAAAAUGGCUGCACUGGUCAGGAGGAUCAUCACUACAGCUAAAGCCCCGGCUGCGAUCGGCCCAUACAGCCAAGCAGUGGUGGUUGAUCGGAUCGUGUUCGUAUCGGGGCAGCUGGGGAUGGAUCCUGCCAGUGGACAGCUGGUGGCAGGUGGAGUUCAGGCCCAGACCAGACAGGCUCUUGUGAAUAUGGGUGAAAUUCUUAAAGCUGCUGGCUGCGGCUAUGGGAACGUUGUCAAAACCACCGUACUGUUAGCCAACAUGAACGACUUUGUCAAUGUUAAUGAUGUUUACAAGCAGUUUUUCAGUACCAACUUCCCAGCCCGAGCCGCCUAUCAGGUGGCAGCACUUCCCAGAGGUGGACUGGUGGAGAUUGAAGCAGUCGCUGUUUUGGGCCCUCUGAAAGAUACUUCUUAAAAAAACACAUCCAUGAAACAAUAAAAACAACACAGUAGCAGUUUGUGAUGUUUUGCAAUCCAGGAAAGAACUGAUCAAAUAAACCCUAUGUACAGCACCAUCAACACUUAUUGGUUCCUCCUGGUAAUGAUGUGUAAAAGGCCUUGAAAUGAAUGAAUCUUUUAUUUCAGUAAAAGAAAUAAAAACUUGCCACUGUGACGUCUCUAGACUUUACAGGUUCUCUAGACAGUGUGACUUCACACCAGAGGUUCCAGUGGAUGUGCAGGGUGUUGUGUGUUAUCCUAAUAAAAGGCCAGUAAGUGAUUUGUUUCUGUUUUCAUGAUGUCGCUGCCUGACAGUCUAGCAUCACCCAAGCUUGAAGCACUUUCACCUCAUUAACAUUGAUGAGACGUCGUGUUUAGAGACAACAUUGGCUCUUCAGUUCCUACGGAUCAACUUUCCCUUACAAUAGUUGUUAAGCAUCUAACCUUGUCUGUGUGGCUUGAAUUUCACCACCGCCCUUCAUUGUCACCAGUUUUACCCCUGACAUAAUGUACAUCCUCAUUCAUUAUUGAUGUUCACAUAUAACUCAGAAAUAAACGCUCCUUAACUGUU